AUGGUGCUGCAACGUGGCUGGUCGUGGAUCGCGACUAAAGCGCGUAAUGUCCUCCUCAAAAUCCUUGCGGCUGGUCCAAUUCCUCGACAUGUCGCCUUCGUUAUGGAUGGGAAUCGACGGUAUGCUCGGAAGAAUAGAAAGGCAGUCCCAGAAGGUCAUAGUGAUGGGUUUGUGACUUUGCGAAGGAUGUUAGAAGUAUGUAUGCGAUUAAACAUCAAAUGUGUGUCGGCGUACGCAUUCUCCAUCGAAAAUUUCAAGCGGUCGGAAGAGGAAGUCAGCGCGUUGAUGACUCUUGCGGAAGCAAAGUUAUUGGAACUUUGCAGUCACGGUGAACUACUGGAUCAAUAUGGCGUGCGGCUUAAUGUGAUUGGAAAUACUAAACUCCUGCCGGAGUCAGUGCAACAGGCAGCCCGAAAGGCAGAGGACAUGACGAGACACAAUAAACGAGCUAUAUUCAAUCUCUGCAUGCCUUACACGUCCCGCGACGAAAUGACAACGGCGGUGGAAUCUUGUGUUCGCGAUUCGAUUUUGGCUGGUUCCAAAGAGAUAAUCAUCACAGAACAAGACAUCGAUCGCCAAAUGAUGACAUCCUUGGGCGACAGUCCUCCACUAGACAUAUUGAUUAGAACAAGUGGGGUCAAACGUUUGAGUGAUUAUUUGCUUUGGCAGUGCUGUGAAGAUACCCAGCUACAGUUUUCGUCUGUGUAUUGGCCUGACUUUGGUUUGUUCGAUUUUAUCCCUAUCAUACUAGACUUUCAACGCAAAGUGUGGUCUACUUCUAAUUUAUAA